AUGAGAGCUAAUAUAAGUGAGUUUCCGUGGCAGGUGGCCAUCAAACGGUUUGAUUAUAAGAAGCGAAGUAAUGACUUAUCGCUAAUCAAACUCAAUGAGACCAUUGAUUUCAAUAAUAAACACCAUUACUUACAACCCGUGUGUUUGUCGAGCCUAUCAAAUGAAUGGACUGAUGAUAAUUGCAUUGCAACCGGUUAUGGCUAUCAAGACAAAUAUGGCAUAUCCAAUAAUCAAGUACUUAUGAAAGUGUCGGAACCUAUUUACGACAUCACGUACUGUUCCCUUAAGAUGAGAGAUAUUAAUAAAGACAGUAAUAUAUGUGCGGGUGGAUCACCACAAGGAGGUACUUCCACUUGUAAGGGAGAUUCAGGUGGACCACUCCAGUGUCGAUCAAACGAUGGAAAGUGGUAUCAAAUUGGGAUUACAUCCUGGGAAAAUUGUGGUAAAAAUUUAAGAGAAAGAGGUAAUAGAGAGUGGGGUCUGAGGAUAGUGGGCGGACAGAGAUCUAAUGUAUGGGAGUGGCCCUGGAUGGUCAACCUCAACGUGGAAGUUCAUGUAAGCGGUCAAUACGCGGCUAUCAUGUCUUGCGGCGGAACUAUAGUCCACGAGAACUGGAUUCUAACGGCAGCCCAUUGUGUCCACAGCAGUACAGACCCAGCGCUAUAUUUUGCUUAUUUGGGUUAUAAUGAUUUGGAUAUAAAAGGUCCAGAUCAGUUAAGAUUAUCAGUUGAAAAG